AUGCAGGACUGUAUGAAACAUCAAUGUGAAUUCUUCGAAGUUCAAUGGUUCAAUGAUUUAUCUCUACCAGAUGAGUUGAUGACAAUAGAGAAAGAAUACAGGCCGGAUACGGACCUAUCUACCAUCUUUAGUCAGAUGGAUACCAGCCGUAAUCUACUCGAGUUUAAUGUUCUCCUCAUCUGUUCUGAAGAUUGUAUUAAUGAAGUUUUAAAUCAGGGAAAUGAAUACGAGAAGGCUACAGACAGUUUUACAUCAUUUAAACACAGAUCCAGAUGGCUCAUAUUUACUUACCAAUGGAUACACGAUAGACAAUUACACGUGCAUUUAGAUCACGUGACUGUUAUUGACCUAAAUCAAUCUUUAACGGAACCUUUUUGUAUACAUUCUCUAAUGUGGCGAGAGGGAAGGAGACGAGAGUUCUCUUGUCGAUGGUUGGAGAGGCACAUCAUUAAUCCGGAAGCUCUAUUUCCCAAUGUUAAUCAGGGAUUAAAUGGUCGAGUGUUUAGAGUAGUUACUAAAAUAUGGCCGCCGUAUACGAUAAGAAAGAACGAGACGGUAUUCGAUGGAUUAUGUAUUGAGUUAUUAGAAAUAAUCUCCCAGACUCUUAAUUUCAGCUACACCAUACGUCUGUCUCCAGACGGUCAGUGGGGGUUGAAUGAUCGAGGCAACUGGACUGGGUUGAUUGGGUGUUUAGUCCGGAAGGAGGCUGACCUGAUGGUAGCUGCUAUAGGUAUCUCUAAAGAAAGAGAGGACGUCAUGGAUUUCACAUUCCCCUAUCUCUUCAACCAUGGGGUGGCCAUGUUCAAACUCCGUAAUAACCCAGAAGACGAGAAAUGGCAGACGUUGCUAAAACCGUUUACACUCGGCGUUUUAGCUUGUAUCGGAGCGGCAUUGAUUACAGCCGGGGUAAUAUACCAUCUGAUAGAGAAGUUUAAUCCAUAUUACACCAAGCCACCAACUCUGACGUUCUGGUAUAGGAUAGAAUAUCUAUAUGGUGCUUUAUUAGCACAUGGUUGUGGAAAUUUACCUGAAGAUCUUGCUGGUCGAAUGUUUGUCGGGUGUUGGUGGGUAUUCUGUAUCGUACUGGCAGCGUCUUACAGUGGGACCCUUAUUGCUACCCUGGCAGUCAAUAUAGAGCAGUACCCUUUCGAAACCCUGGACGAGAUGCUAGAGCAGAAUAAUUAUAGAUGGGGUUGUAUGGGUAAUACCCUUUUUAUACCCUUAUUCAGCAAUACAUCAAAUACACGAUUCAAGGCGAUAUGGGACGGUAUAGUUCAGUUUAACCUAACAAACCCCGCCGUGUUGAGUGAAACAAUAGGGGAACAGUUUAACCUGGUCCAAAACGAGGAGUAUGUGUUCCUCGGAGAUGAGUCGAUCUAUGAAGAUUUAUCCCGGAAAGACUGUCAAAUCAAGGUCCUGAAAGAAAGAUAUUUCUCUAUUGAUUUUGCUUUCGGUUUACAGAAUAAUUCCCCAUAUACUGGCCAGUUCUCUCAAGUGUCGUUGAUGAUCCUUGAAAGUCAUUUAGUAGAGACGUUGAGAAGAAAAUGGUGGCGAAGAGAGGCGUGUGCUGCUUUUCAUCAAGCAGAAUCCAAAACUAUAGACUUAGCCUCGUUACAGAGUGUUUUUUAUUUCCUGUUGGUCGGACUGUUUCUGGCUGCUAUUACCUUAUUGGUCGAGUUCCUUUCGCAUUCCAAUUAUAACAAGUUUUUGUUAAAAUUUGUGAAGAAGAGAAAUGAGUAG